GAAUCCCCAUAGCGGCGGUCAUUGGGAAGAGCAGCUUGUUAUGUAAAACAAAUUAUCUUCUAUCGAGAUUCGCAGAUUGAAUUAAGAAAAUAUCGGCAAUAUCUUUAUUUUUUUAUAAUCACUUUAGACAUCUUUUGUCUAAUCUCACCGCUAUUGUUUGGAGAUUUAAUUACAUUAUUUUCUUCAUCGUGAGGUAAAAAAAAAAAAAGACGGACACAAACAUUCUGUCGCUUUAGUUUGACAACUGCUUGAACUAAGCGCUCCGAUUUAUUUUUCUUUUUGUUUGGAUCAUGGUAACUGCUUGCAGUUUACUCCACAUAUGUCUACUGUCAAACCCGAGGAUUUACAUCUGUUUGGAGCUUUGCUGGUGAUCUGGUGGAUCUAGUAGUCUACGGGACUUUACGCGGGCAUCUUAUUAUUUUUAGUAACUUAGUACUUCACUUUCUGACAGUAUGAGUCUUGGAUUUAAUUCCUCACCCAGAAAGCCAAUCAUACGCCAAAAACUCCUUUUCUCCCCCAGUGACUGUGAGGAGGAGGACGGCAACAGCACCGGCGAAGACUCGGCCUUCCAAGAAUCCGAUUCCCCCAUGUCCGCGCUCCGCAAUGCGAGCGAACAGCAGCGGUGCGACGAGGAGGGGAGCCCGCGGAUCCUAGCGGGGGAGGCUGAUUCCUGGGAAGAAGAGGAGGAAGAAGAAGGAUUCGGUUCUUCGUCUCCCGUGAAAUCCCCCGGGGACUAUUUUAUGGACGCUUCACCUUCUCCUUUUAGAACAUCUUGUCGCCGUCUCUCGGUAUCUCCACCUCAGUCCCCCCGGGGAUAUCGGAGGCAUCAGAGGGAAGGCUCUAGUUCUCCUAUACCGGACUGUCCUGGCACCCCGCCCCACAAAACAUUUCGCAAGCUGCGGCUUUUUGACACCCCUCAUACACCUAAGAGUUUGCUUUCAAAAGCUCAUGGCAUAGUCUCCAGCUCUUUGAAGUUCAGAAGAGGCUCCCUUUUUCAUGAAGAGGAUAAAUCUGAGAAGCCGAAUGUGUACAGUGCACCUCAAGUUAACAUUAAUCCAUUCACCCCAGAUUCCAUUGUUCUACAGACCUCAGAAGGGCUUUGCAGAAGGAGGAAGAGGGCACAUUGGAAUGACUCUUGUGGUGAAGAUAUGGAAGGGAGUGAUGGAGAACUAGAAGAAGAAAAUAUUAGACCUGCAAAGAGAAUCACCAUAACAGAAAGUAACAUGAAGUCCAGAUAUGCAACAGAGUUCCAUGAACUGGAGAAGAUUGGGUCGGGCGAGUUUGGUUCUGUAUUUAAGUGUGUAAAGAGACUAGAUGGCUGCAUCUAUGCAAUCAAGCGUUCAAAAAAACCUCUUGCAGGAUCAGUUGAUGAACAAAAUGCUCUAAGGGAAGUGUAUGCACACGCCGUGCUUGGGCAGCAUCCUCAUGUGGUUCAGUAUUACUCUGCAUGGGCUGAAGAUGAUCAUAUGCUUAUUCAAAAUGAAUAUUGUAAUGGUGGUAGUUUAGCAGAUGCUAUCAGUGAAAAUUACAGGAACAUGCAAUGUUUAACAGAGCUGGAGUUAAAGGAUCUGCUUCUACAGGUGGCACGUGGUCUAAAAUAUAUUCAUUCAAUGUCUUUGGUACAUAUGGAUAUAAAGCCAAGUAACAUUUUUAUAUCUCGGACAUCAAUCCCAAAUACUGCAGUGGAAGAAUGUGAUGAUGAGGAAUUUAGCUCCAGAAGAGUUGUAUAUAAAAUAGGUGACCUUGGCCAUGUAACAAGAGUAUCUAGUCCUCAAGUUGAAGAAGGCGACAGUCGUUUUCUUGCAAAUGAAGUCUUGCAAGAGGUUUAUACUCACUUGCCAAAAGCAGAUAUUUUUGCCCUGGCCCUAACAGUGUGGUGUGCUGCGGGGGCAGAGCCACUUCCAUCCAAUGGAGACCAGUGGCAUGAAAUUAGGCAGGGGAAGCUGCCAAGGGUGCCGCAGUUACUUUCACAAGAGUUAGUGGACCUAAUUAAGCUUAUGAUUUCUCCAGAUCCAGAGAAAAGACCUUCAUCUGUGGCUCUUGUUAAACACUCAGUGCUCUUAUCAGCUUCUCGAAAAAGUGCUGAACAAUUACGGAUAGAACUUAACGCAGAGAAGUUUAAAAAUGCACUUCUUCAGAAGGAACUAAAGAAAGCACAAAUAGCAAAAGCUGCUGCGGAAGAGCGAGCUUUUUUUCCUGACAGAAUGAGUACAAGAUCAACAACACAAAGUAGUAGUAGAUCAACUCGCCUUAUUGGAAAGAAGAUGAACCGCUCUGUUAGUCUGACUAUAUAUUGAUAUGUAUAUAGCUAUGUAUGUUCCUGUUGACACACCAUGUUGUCUUGCUUUCCUCUUUUCAUAUUGUUCAUAAAAGGUAUUUGUUUUUUUCCCAACGAAAAGUUUCGGUACAGCAUUUAGCUGUAAAUAUUUGCUCAACACCUCCCUUUUUUUUUUUUUUUUUUUUUUUUUUUUUUUUUUUUUUUAAAGCUAUAGUCCUUAAUUAAGUUGAGGUGCUUGGAUGGUCCAAAAUAGGUUGGGACCUCCAUCUUCAGCAGUGCCUUUUAGUUGUUUAGUUGGCUCCAAAGCUUGCAAUGCAAUAAAUGUUAAGGCCAAUGGAAAGCAUGUAGCUAAUGUGGAUUCUUUAGGUGUAAAUUGCCUUUAUCUUAAGUCCGUGUAGGACUUAUACGUUAGCCUCUAUCGGGGCAAAAAUUUAAACAAAAAAAAUCAAGACUUUAGUUAGUAGAUAGAGAUUUAAAUUUUUUAUCCUUUUUCUACAUACACUGGUGUACUAAAUGGUGGUGUGGUUUUAUUUUCCAUCUACUUCAAUGCUCUGCUUUAGAUCAGUUGUGUUAAAACAACACAUCUAAUAAAUUACUGUAGUGGUUUGCUGCUUUAGUUACAAUUCAGCAAAUUGUACAAAUACGGUAUUUCCUUUCCCCGUUUUUAUUUCCUUUUAAAUUAUGUAUAUUUGUAAAUUUAAAUAGGCUUUGUGGCAAGUUAGAAUAAAACAUUAGAUUAGCAACUUGGCACUAGCUGUUCAUGUUUUGUACCUAGGUACAUUUUUAUUGUGAAUUUUAAUUGUAUAUUCAACUCUGAGCACUUUUUUGGCACCAGGCAAAUAAUGUGGAAAUCCAUAUGCAUUUGCUAUGUGAAGUUUGCUGCUAUUUUAGUUUUGUUAGUUGUUGUGUGUUGUUGUGUUUGUUUCUCCCCUUUUUUUUUUUUUUUUUUUUUGUAAUUGUAUUGGCUGUAUUAAUUGUAGCAUUAAACAAUCAUUGUCUUACUUAACCUAUCAUUGUCAAAUGUACCUGCUAAGUAGCAUAAAGAUCUACCACAGAAGGGGGUUACUGUACCUGUUGUGUGGAAAUUGAUUCAGCAGACUGCAUUAAUUCAGUUAAUUCAAAAUGUUCCUUCUGAAGCAGUGUGCAUUAAAAGGAAUAUAUGCACCUUUUGUUAUGUAGAGUACUUUGCAAAUUGUUUCCUCUUAUGUUGUAAAAUAAACAAAAUGUUUGUUUGUCUUUUUUUCCUCUCUUGCCAUAAGAAAAAAAUCUUUCUGAAAUGUUAUUCCUUGUGAAGGCUGAAUAGUAUGUUCCCUUUUGCAUACAAGUUAUGCAGUGGUCUUUAACCCCCCCCCCCCUCUAUUCUUCUUGAACAUGUACUUUCCACAGUUGCACUAAAGACUUCAUAACCCUAUUUUUUUUUCUAAUGUUAUGUAACAGCUAAUUUUUGUCAUCUGUGCUACUGAAUGGCCUGCAGAGAGUUGUAUGUCCGUUUUUAUACACCCUAUUAGUAGCCUUAAAGGGAUACUGAACCCACUUUUUUUUUUUUUGUUUCCUGAUUUAGAUAGAGCAUGCAAUUUUAAGCAACUUUCUUAUUUUACUACAUUUAGCCACCAAUCAGCAAGCGCUACUCAGGUGCUGAACCAAAGUUGAACUGGCUCUUAAGCCUAUAUUCCUGCUUUUUCAAAUAAAGAUACCAAGGGAACGAAGAAAAAUGUUGCUUAAAAUUGCAUGCUCUAUCUGAAUCGUGAAAGGAAAAAAAAUUGCGUUCAGCAUUCCUUUAAGCAAAAGUCCACCAUUUUUCUAUUGAGCAGCAUUUUUUUUUGUCUUGUGCUGUAAGUGGAAAUGGAAUAAGGAUAUAAUUUAAUAUUCUGGUCACCCAGGAUGAAAUUUAAGAUGCUGGUAAUCAAUGUUUUUUAUUUUUUGUAUCAAAUGUUUCUUCAUGUAUGAGACAAUUUAUUAAUAUAAAAGUAAUGUAUGUGGAGUUAUGAUCACUUUUGUUUCAUGUGGUUAGUCAAACAUAAACAUUUGUAAAUAAAGUUUUUGUGCCUUUCUAAAGGUUCAUUUAACAAAAA